CCGGCUGAGAAUUAGAUUAUUUGCGUUUUUGAUGCUAUAGCAUUGGAAAACUUAGUUGAAGGAGGCGACGAUGGAACAAAGGUUGAGAAGAAGGCUAGGUUAUGUGAAUGCGGACAGGAUUAGUGAGUUGCCUGAAGCUUUGCUAGUACAUAUACUGUCUUUGCUUCCAACAACAAAACAUGUCAUAGUCACAAGUGUUUUGUCUAAAGGAUGGCGAUCACUUUGGAAGAUGGUCCCUAGGCUCGUGUUCGCAUCUCCCAAUCAGAAAUAUGAAGAUAAUGUUAUUAGUAGCAUGUUUUGCUCUGCUUCUUCACUUGAGACCUUGAUACUCAAGAACUCGAUCCAUGUGGAUGUUCCUUGUCCUGUUUCUAUGAAGUCCCUUAAAACUCUUCACCUUAAAGAUGUGACGUACAAAGACGACGAAUCAGUUCGUAACCUUUUAUCUGGCUGUCCUAGUCUUGAAGAUUUGCAAGUGGAUCGAGGUUACUCUAUUCAUGAUGCAAAGAUUUUCAUUAUUGCCGCGCCAUCUUUGAAGAGACUUUCCAUAUGCGAUCCCUGUAAUGGACGAGAGGGUGGGGGCUACGUGAUCAACGCUCCUUGUUUAAAAUACUUGGAAAUUGAGAUGAUAAAAGGUUGUGACUUCUGUCUGAUUGAGAAUUCGCCAGAGCUAGUUGAGGCAGCUAUUAGAAACGUAUCUUGGAUAGUCAACGAGACGAUUCUGAGAUCUCUCAAACCAAUCAAACGACUUUCCUUAAACUUAUCACCCCUGGAGAUUAACUGUCCUACUGGUACUAUCUUCUAUCAGCUGGUAUAUUUAGAAGUGUACACACAUAAAGUGGAGUGGUGGAAUCUUCUUAUCCUCAUGCUCGAUAACUCUCCUAAACUCCAAGUCCUCAAGAUCACCGAUUGUUUGCCUUGUCCUUAUUAUGGUUUGGUCGGCAAGAAAUUGAGUGAACAAGAGUAUGUUCCUGAAUGUUUGCUGUCCCAACUCGAGACAUUUGUGUGGAAAAAUUACGACUGGACAAGCGAAGAAAAGAAAGAAGUGGCUACUUAUAUUCUAAGGAACGCAAUACGGUUGAAGAAGGCAUAUUUCUUCAUUAACCGUAUAACUAGAAAGUGUAACGAGUUGGAAGAGAGACUUCAAAUGCUCAAGGAGCUGGUUUCAAAUUCAUGUCACUUCGUUUCUAAAUAUGAAUGA